AAGGAUGAUGAAAAGCACAAAAAUAAAUAAAGUGCUACUUGCAAUAUGAUUGGCGGAUAGGUUUUGUGUAAUGUCAGACUCCAGACGCUCGUCCUUGCACCGGUCGCACCUUCGCGUCUGCGCAUUUUCUCCGCUGAUUCGAGUUAAAAUAAUACCGAUCUGCGGAAUUUUUCAUGUUCCUCGAUUCUCACCUUUUUCUAAGGAAGAUAAGAUAAUAAUGUGUGAGGUGUCCAAGUAUUAUGCCAUGUAUUGAAUUCGUAUAGUUUUAAUUUAUUUUAUAAACAUAUUCUACUAUCUGUGAUAGCGCCUACUAUAAGGUUUACUUAGAUAUCUUAAAAUGAACGCUUCAUUUACUUUUCGAUUCCCUGUAUUCUCAAUAUGCCUGUUCCUUUUUUUAUACCAAGCUGUCCAGGGAAUGGAUAAAAGUAAAUACCGAAACUGCGAUCAAACGGGAUUCUGCCGACGGGCUCGUAAUUUUAAACCGGAAAAGUCUGCAUUUGAAAUAAUCAGUGAUACAGUAAACGUAACCAGUACAGGAGUCGAAGGAUCUCUGUUGAAUUCGGAAACCCUAGUCACGUAUAACUUUCUAUUGCAAUUUUUGGCCGAUGCUACCAUCAGAUUACGAAUAAAUGAGGAAAAAGUUGUUCGUCAUCGAUACCAGCCACUUCAGGCUCUCGUUGCCGAACCAGCUCAGAAUUCGUUCGAGUUGGUGGAACAAAGCAGUACGCAGCUAGUCUUUAAAAUGGAAUCAAAUAAAAUAAUAAUGUACGUGAAACCGUUCAAAAUCGAGUGUUAUAACAAAGAUGAACUAGUAAUCGUUGCCAACGAUUUUGGUCGAUUCAUUUUCGAACACCAUAGACCGAAACCCGAAGGAGUUGGUGACGAAGAAUUGAAUAAAAACGGCGAAUGGGAAGAACGUUUCCACGAGCACAGCGAUACCAAACCAUUCGGACCGAUGUCUGUUGCGAUGGAUUUUUCGUUCCCUUCAGCUACUCAUGUUUAUGGUCUCGCUUCACAUGCCGAUGAUUUAGCUUUGAAAUCCACUUCGAAAGACGAUCCAUACAGAUUAUACAAUACUGACGUGUUCGAGUACGAAUUGUAUAUAAAAACGUCUCUAUACGGAGCUAUACCAUUCCUUAUAUCGCACGGUGUAAACAAUUCGGCCGGAGUAUUUUGGUUGAAUGCUGCUGAAACUUGGAUCGAUAUCGAUAAGCAAUUCGAUUCGCCGGCCAGUAGUACUGUUGUGGAACAGCUUGUCAACUUAGUUUCAGGAAGUUCGACGCCUAAACCUCAGUCAGCUGUGAAUGCCUUUUUCAUGUCUGAGACCGGAAUUUACGAUGUAUUCUUUACGUUGGGUCCUCGACCUUAUGAUGUCAUGAGACAAUACAGCAGAUUAACCGGAACUGCUCCUUUACCUCCGUAUUUCUCUUUGGGAUACCAUCAAAGUCGUUGGAAUUACGUUGAUCAACAGGAUGUGAAAACGGUAGCUGAAAAUUUCGACGUUAACGAUAUUCCUAUGGAUGUGAUGUGGCUCGAUAUAGAAUACACUCACGAAAAGAAGUAUUUCACAUGGGAUCCGACUAAAUUCAGCGAGCCUAUAGAUAUGAUCAACGCUCUAUCAACCAAAGGACGUAAACUUGUUACCAUCAUUGAUCCGCAUAUUAAACGAGAUACCGGAUAUUGGGUGCAUAAUGAUGCUACGCAGAAAGGACUCUAUGUUAAAAAUCGUGAUAGGAACGAUUACGAUGGAUGGUGCUGGCCUGGUUCAUCGGGUUAUUUAGAUUUCUUGAAUCCAGAAACAGCAUCCUAUUACUCGAACAGCUAUUCGCCCGAGGUAUUCAAAGGAUCUAAUAACGACGUAUACAUUUGGAACGACAUGAACGAACCGUCGGUGUUCAGUGGCCCCGAAGGCACUAUGCCUAAAGAUAACGUGCAUCAUGGCGAAUGGGAACACAGAGACAUUCAUAACAUAUACGGAUUUUUCCAAAUUAUGCUAACCUACGACGGACUCGUGAAACGAUCUAAUGGCCAAAAAAGACCGUUCAUUUUGACCCGAUCAUUCUUCGCCGGAAUUCAACGCUACGGUGCUAUGUGGACCGGUGACAACCUAGCCGAUUGGGAACACCUAAAAAUAUCCGUACCGAUGUGCUUAUCGAUGGCCAUAGGUGGUGUUAGUUUCUGCGGAGCGGAUGUAGGAGGUUUUUUCAAAAACCCCGAUCCUCAGUUACUCUACAGAUGGUAUCAGACCGGUAUUUACCUACCAUUUUUCCGAGCUCACGCGCAUAUCGAUACAAAACGUCGAGAACCUUGGUUAUUCGAUAAAGAUGUGACGAAAAAAAUCAGAGAAGCUAUUCGCGAACGUCAAGCCAUGAUGCCUUUCUGGUAUACCGUUUUUUACGAACACUCCAAAACCGGAGCUCCGGUUAUUAGACCUUUAUUCAUGGAAUUCCCCACCGAAACCGCUACCUUCGAUAUCGAUAACGAGUUACUCAUCGGAAAUUCAAUCUUGGUUCGCCCUAUCGCCGAACCCGAUGUAUCUCACGCUGACGUCUACUUCCCUGGAACCAACGAAAUAUGGUACAACAAACACACUUUCCAACAAUAUAAACAAAACGGAGUGGUUUCUGUUCCUGUUACUUCUGAUAAUGUUCCAGUUUACAUCAGAGGAGGUCACGUUGUCCCAUUCAGAAACCGUAUCAGACGAUCUGCCAUACUCACACUUAACGAUCCUUACACGUUGCUAGUUGCUUUAGAUGCUAACGGAACUGCUUUCGGGCAUUUAUACGUCGAUGACGGUGAUAGUUUCGAGUAUCGUAAUGGAAAAUACUGCCAUUUACGAUUCGUCUACUUAAAUAAUCAAUUAAUGUCGCAAUUCGUCGACAAAGGACGCUGUGAAAGUAAAGCUUGGAUAGAAAAAGUGAUAAUCGUAGGCAUUCCGAAUCUAUUCAGAAAAGCUAUCAUCGCUUCUCACAGCAGUGGUAACCAAGACGAACUGGAAUUAUCCUACAAUACCGCAGUUAGUACGCUCACCAUACGUAAACCUGCGGUUCCAGUCAAUGAAGAAUGGACGAUAUCAUUACAUUAGGCAAUUUUUUUUUAAUCCUGUUUUAUAUGUAGCAUUUUAAUAAUUCAUACCCAGAUUUAUUUUUAUUUAUUUUCUUUUUUUUUUUUGUAAAUUUCGUAUGAUUUGUACUUGUUUUUUGAACGAACGAAUCGUCGGUGAUAGUUAGCUUAUGUUCUGUUUUACGUUGUAUAAUAGAUAGGUAUUUUAUUAUAGAAGACGUCGUGAGGGUCGGCACUGGAAGACGUUUUGUUUUUAUUUAUUUUCCCAAUAUUUGUAAAGUGUAUUUUGUAUUAAGUGUAACGAUAGGGAACGUUUUGUUACAUUGUAAUAAACAUUAUGUAUUAUUGUUUAAAA